AUGAGCAUUGCGUCUCCCAGCAGAAUUUGCACUAGCAUUCCCAAUUCGCCUGAGAAGAUUCACGGGCAAAUAUUGCCUGGCAAUUCUCCCAGCAAUAUUCGUGCCUCUCCGCCUGGGCGAGCAAGGCCUUCCAUCAGAGGUUCGCCUGUCAUGCCGAAAGCAGCGAAGGGCAAAGAGAAGGGAGGGAAGAAGAAGAAGGACCCGAAUGCUCCGAAGCGGCCGUUGGCACCGUACAUGUUCUACUGCAAAGAGCAAAGAGAAGUUGUGAAGGCCAACAAUCCAGACGUGUCCUUUGGAGAGCUUGGGAAGAUUUUGGGAGCUCAGUGGAAGGAGUUGGACGACAAAGAGAAGAGGCCAUACAUGAAGAUGGCGGAAGACGAUAAAAAGAGAUAUCAAGACGAGAUUGAGAGCCUUGAACCUGCAGAUGACGAGUGA